CCCUACUUGGUGAACCUCGAAAUACAUAGGCCUUUUCACUAAUCGCGGAGAGGCGAAUUCCGUUAUAUCGGUACGCGUGGUUAGUCAGCCGACGGGAAUACUACCAAAACCUACGCAGCAUUGAGUCUUAUGAUGCAAGCACAUGGGCGUAGCCAUUCGAGUGGUUUCUGACAAUUUUUUGCGGCGUCAUAACAGCACCUCUACACCCCCCAGCGCCGGUAAAUCGGGACAGCAGUCUACAACACGUGAAGCCGGUUAGCUAGCUAAAUGUGUCAUUAGAUUGUUGAUGUGAGCCGUCAAAAGACAAGGGUGUAACUUGUCAAAUGAGUUUGUUUGACUUUUUUCGUGGGAUUUUGCGGGGUUUCGAAGAUCGCUAUCGUGGAGAUCUACGAAGGGACCCCCUUUUUGACAGAAUGACCCACGAUGAUGACGCUGAUGACGAUGAUGGUCAUACCUAUGAUAAUGGUCGUGACAGAGUACAGCAGGACCCCUUUGAUGAGGCAUGGAGAUAUUCCCAGUAUAGAUUUUCCCCUUCCCCAGGCUAGUCCUGAGCAAGGCGAGAGGGGAGCAAGUGGCAACUCUCUCAGGGACUUUAUGCUGAAAUCCCCCGACAGCUCUCUGCCUCCCCCUUCUUCCCCAUCUGUCACUCCAGGGGCUCCAAGAGACGAAGGGAUCCCAUCCUCCAGGUCACCCACCUGCCCCUUCCAUCACUGGAGUGCCUUCAUUAAGAUUAGUGAGAUGUGGAGGGAAGGGUUCUGGAAGAGUGAGGAAGAGAAGACAAAGGGGGAAGAUGGAGAUGUGGGCUCGCGGUUCCCAUUAGAGAGUCAAGACCAGACUCCGUCUCCAAGCAAAUCUCAGCCGAAGACUAAAUCCGUCUUUACAUCGGUCACUGUCACUAGAGUUGUCAGACCAGAUGGAACAGUGGAGGAGAGACGCACUGUGAGAGACAGCCAGGGGAAUGAGGAGACCACAGUUACACGCUCCGGUGGCCCUGGGGACAGCAGACAGCCCCGGGAGCAGCUGGGGCCUGGAGCACCAGCAAAAAAGAGUGAGUAG